UAUGUAAUUCUUAUGGUAAUUCGUCUGUACUGUCGGCUCUGUCCAAAUCCAACGGAUAAGCAGCGACCGCGUAUAACAAUUUAAUUAAGGUAACAAUUUUACUACUUAAUUACGAAGAAUCCAACUAGCAAUUACAAAGCGCACACUGUAGGAAACAACCAAGAAAUUACACUAAGAACCCGACUUUCUAUAUUACUCACAUCAAGUAUGCCUGAAUCCAUUGUGUGUCUAUGCACCAUUUCCAUAGAGGCAAGAGGAGUGUUCUAAUGGCGGAGUUAGGAGAAGAAAGGUCAUCACCAGAAGAGCAACAAGUGCAAGAACAAUAUGAACAUGGAACAAGCCUAUCUAAACAAAGAUUAUUCGAUUUGGAGGCAGAUGAAGGUAGCGCGAAUGCUGAUCGGCAGAAGGCAGAUUGGGGAACAAUCUGGAAGCUUGCGUUUCAAUGCAUUGGUGUUGUUUAUGGUGAUUUAGGUACAUCUCCAUUGUACGUUUUACCUGGAAUUUUUCCUGAUGGGAUCAAGAACGAGGAGGAUAUCCUUGGAGUGCUUUCUUUGAUUAUUUACUCGAUUAUUGUCAUCACCUUGAUUAAGUAUGUAUUCAUCGUUUUGGCUGCAAAUGAUAAUGGGGAUGGAGGAACCUUUGCACUUUAUUCUCUUAUAUGUCGCCAUGCCAAGGUCAAUUUGAUACCAAACCAGCAGGCUGAAGAUAGAGAAGUGUCUACUUAUAAGUUGGAUUUACCAAAACGCAGUACGAGGAUGGCUUCGGCUCUCAAAUAUUCACUUGAGAGUAGCCUUAUAAUCAAGUAUUCUCUAUUGUUCACAACCAUGAUUGGAGUGUCCAUGGUCCUUGGAGAUGGCAUUCUGACACCCUGCAUAUCUGUAUUAUCUGCUGUUGGAGGUAUUAGGGAGGCUGCUCCUAGCCUUUCACAAGAUGCAAUCAUGUGGAUUUCAGUGGUGAUUUUGAUUCUAUUGUUCCAAGUACAGAGGUUUGGAACUGACAAAGUUGGCUAUACUUUUGCUCCAAUUCUAGUGCUAUGGUUUGCUUUUAUUGCAUUUAUUGGGCUUUUCAACUUCAUCAAGUAUGACCCUGGUGUAAUCAAGGCUGUCAAUCCAUGGUACAUUGUCAAAUAUUUCCAGAGGAAUAAGAAAAAAGCUUGGAUUUCUAUUGGAGGUGUCAUUUUAUGCCUCACAGGGUCUGAAGCUUUGUUUGCUGAUUUGGGCCACUUCAAUAUUCGCUCAAUUCAAUUAAGCAGUUGUGCUGUACUCGUUCCCUCUGUCUUGUUAGCCUAUAUUGGCCAAUGUUCCUAUCUCCGUAAAAAUACCGAAGAUGUCACUGAUGCCUUCUAUAAAUCAAUCCCAAAACCAAUGUAUUGGCCGCAGUUUGUUGUGGCAAUAUUGGCCGCCAUCAUUGCUAGUCAGUCAUUAAUCUCUGCAUCCUUCUCUAUCAUCCAACAAUCUGCAGCUCUAGGGUGUUUCCCCCGAAUUCAGGUCGUGCAUACAUCUGCAGAACACGAAGGACAAGUUUAUGUGCCUGAGAUCAACACUCUUUUGAUGUUAGCCUGUGUGGGUGUCACUCUUGGCUUCAAAAACACUUUAACGAUUGGCAAUGCAUAUGGAAUUGCUGUAACAUUUGUUUUCGUGAUUACAUCAAUGUUUCUUGUCCUUGUUAUGGUUAUGAUAUGGAAAACAAAUAUCAUCCUCAUAAUCAUCUAUGUCCUGACCAUCGGUCUCAUUGAAGUGUUAUUUUUGAGCUCUACAUUAUACAAGUUCGUUGAUGGAGGUUACAUUCCUUUACUAUUUGCCUCCACUGUGGUCUCCAUUAUGUUCAUAUGGAACUAUGGCUACAGGAAGAAGUAUAUGUACGAGCUCGAAAAUAAAAUUGCAAUGAAAACACUUACUGAUAUAGUUUCUGAUGAGAGGAUCCAUCGAGUAGAAGGUCUUGGUUUAUUCUAUACACAUCUUGUUCACGGCAUACCUCCCCUAUUUACUCAUUAUGUGUCGCAUGUCCAAGCCUUGCAUAAAGUUCUUGUCUUUAUCUCAAUCAAGUCGCUGCCCAUCAGUAAGGUUCCAGCUGAGGAACGGUUCUUGUUCGGACGAGUAAAGCCUGGAGAGUUGAUUUUCAGAUGUAUAGUAAGAUAUGGAUACAAGGAUUCGAGAAAGGAUCAGAAGACAUUUGAGGAGUUGCUAGCAAAUCAGUUGAAGGACUUCAUAGGGGAAGAUAGCGGGGCAGAAGACAGGCAAAGGGAAUUGGCAUUGGUAGAUAAUGCUUUGAGAGAUGGUUUUGUUUAUUUGAUGGGUGAGUGUGAGGUGAUGGCUGCAAAUGGGUCUACCUGGGUUAAAAAAUUGACCGUGGACUACCUCUACAAUUGGUUAAUUAGAUUUGUGAGGCAGCCAGAUGAAGUUUUCUUGAUUCCUCGCAAGCAAUUACUCAAAGUGGGAAUGACUUAUGAUGUUUAGAGAUCUAGCUAGCCUCACCAGCUCAAUUAGUAAUAAUCUUGAUGUUCAAGGAGUAUUUUCAUCAGCAGGGUUUGGUAGUUAUAACUGGACAGGUGUACGGAGUAUCUUUGUCCCCUUGUUAACUUUCUUCUAUAUUAAAAAUACUUAUCUUUGCUUAUGAAAAAUAA